AUGCUCGUCAAAAGCAAGAUCGUCAAAAGCAAGACCGCCGAUGACCAUCUCUCCCUCAUGUUCGGCAUCCUAAAGAGGUACAACAUGCCCCUCAAUCCGAACAAAUUUGUCUUCGGCGUUUCUUCUGGAAAAUUCCUGGGCUUCAUGAACAGUCAGGUGCAAAGACGAAGAAGGCAUUACUUGAUGUGCAGGUGCGAAGACGAAGAAGGACAUUCAGAGCCUCACCAGACGAGUUGCAACCCUGGCUCGAUUCAUACCCUAGGCUACCGAUCGAUGUGCCCCUUUCUUCAAAGCUCUCAAAGGAAACAAACGGCAGAUCCUCUAGACUACUGA